UGACCGAGCCCGGCCCCGAGUCCGGGACGCGCGGGGCGGAGAGGAGGGGGCGGUCACGUGGGCCGGCGGCCGCGCAACUCCGCUCGGGGCGCCCGCCGGCUCCCGCCACCACCGCCCCUGCCCCUCGCCCGCGCCGCAGCCAGGUGGACUGUGCCAGGUGCGCCCUCGCCAGGACCCGGGACGUGCCAGGCUGGGGCCGCCUUUGAGCGCCCCGCAGCGGCCAUGGAUGGCGAGACAGCGGAGGAGCAGGGUGGUGCACCCUGCGGGCCGGACUCGGCCGGCGCUUCCGCCCUCUGGGGGCGGCGGGAGCCCAAGAAGUACGCCGUGACCGAUGACUACCAGUUGUCCAAGCAGGUGCUGGGCCUGGGUGUGAACGGCAAGGUGCUGGAGUGCUUCCACCGGCGCACCGGCCGGAAGUGCGCCCUGAAGCUCCUGUACGACAGCCCCAAGGCCCGGCAGGAAGUGGACCACCACUGGCAGGCUUCGGGGGGCCCCCACAUUGUGCGUAUCCUGGACGUGUACGAGAACAUGCACCACGGGAGGCGCUGCCUGCUCAUCCUCAUGGAAUGCAUGGAAGGGGGUGAGCUGUUCAGCAGGAUUCAGGAGCGUGGGGACCAGGCUUUCACCGAGAGAGAAGCUGCCGGGAUCAUGCGGGACAUUGGCACCGCCAUCCAGUUUCUGCACAGCCAGAACAUUGCCCACCGGGAUGUCAAGCCUGAAAACCUGCUGUACACGUCCACAGAGAAGGAUGCCGUGCUCAAGCUCACCGACUUCGGCUUCGCCAAGGAGACCACCCAGAACGCCCUGCAGACGCCCUGCUACACUCCCUACUACGUGGCUCCGGAGGUCCUGGGUCCAGAGAAAUAUGACAAGUCAUGUGACAUGUGGUCCCUGGGCGUCAUCAUGUACAUCCUCCUGUGUGGCUUCCCGCCCUUCUACUCCAACACCGGGCAGGCCAUCUCCCCAGGGAUGAAGAGGAGGAUCCGCCUGGGCCAGUAUGGCUUCCCCAGCCCCGAGUGGGCGGACGUCUCUGAGGAUGCCAAGCAGCUGAUCCGCCUCCUGCUGAAGACGGACCCCACAGAGAGGCUGACCAUCACGCAGUUCAUGAACCAUCCCUGGAUCAAUCAAUCCACAGUGGUGCCGCUGACUCCGCUCCACACGGCCCGAGUGCUGCAGGAGGACAGGGACCACUGGGAUGAGGUCAAGGAGGAGAUGACCAGCGCCCUGGCCACCAUGCGGGUGGACUACGACCAGGUGAAGAUCAAGGACCUGAAGACCUCCAACAACCGGCUGCUCAACAAGCGGAGGAAGAAGCAGGCGGGAGGCGCCUCGGCCUCUCCGGGCUGCAACAAUCAGUAGCUGGGGCCUCGGGGGAGCCGGGCCUUCGCCUGCGGGACAGAUGGGUGGCGCAGGCCCCGCCCCUGAGGGCCCAGGCCUCCUCCUUAGCGAAGGGAUGGUUCUGCUGUGUUCUACGUGUUGCUUGGAGCUUCAGGAUGGGACUGUGUCUCCAAGCCUCCUUCAAGCUCCAGCCUGGGCGCAGGCCCUGCCGAGGAGCCAGCUCCCGGGGACGAGGUGGCCAGCAGCACCUUUGGCCGGAGAGGCCUGGGUGAGGCCUUAGAUUUCCAGGGCCCUGGGAGUGGUGGCUGGGCUUCCCCCUUCCGCGGAGACACCACCCUGUGGUGGGGGCCGAUGGGCCUGGUUACUGGGUGUGAGUGAGCGGGUGGGGGGGCCAGGGGGCCAGGGGGGUCUGCCCCUGCCUUCUUGGGGUGGCCGGGUGACGCUGCUCAGGCUCACCCCCACCUCCCGGGGCCACGGGGCGGUCAGCUGCCUCCCUCAGGUGUCCAGCCUGGACGCUGCUGCUCCGCCCCACAGGGCCCUUGGAGCUCACCCUCCAGGGUCCCUGGGCCCUGCCCUCCGGUUACUACCCCUGCCAAGGAGUGGCAUCGCAUCCCAAUGGAGGGUGGGGGGUAUUUUUGAUGCUUUUAUACUUUGGAACAUGUCACUGUGACAAAAGCCAGUUCAGCCCCCUGCGCCCACCUGCUCCCAGAUCCCAGGCGGGAAAGCCGCGCUCCAUGGCGGGUCAGCCUCUGUCCUGUCCUGGUUGGUGGCAGUGGCUGUCUCUUGGUGUACAAUGAGAGCGGAUGGCUGGGGGUGGUGCCAAGAGGCUCCCCAUUAAUGAGGGGUCUUUUUCUAGACUCCGGGUCCCACUCCAGGCAGCAGAGGGCUGCUGGGUGAUACUUAGGCAGCCUCGUCCUGGCUUCAGCCUGAGUUGGAGCAGAGAGGCCCCCUCCCUGUGGUCCAGACUGCCCAGGGCAGCCUCGGGUGCUGAGUGCCUGAUUCGGGCCUGACAAGUGCCUGACACCAGCCUGGCUCCCAGUUCCUGGCUCCCGACCCCUCUCCCAGUGGCUGGGAAACCCCAGACCACGUCAGAUAGAACAACACUGCUGGGCCCUACAUGCAGAUAUUAAUAAACACCAUUUUGGCAUUUUCCCCUG